CGCCCCCCGGGCAGGUGGAGAAGCCGAAGGUGAGCGGCGUGACGCUGGACGCCAUGACGGUGAGCUGGGAGGAGCCUGAGGAAGAUGGAGGGACCCCCAUCACCGGAUACUGGCUGGAGAGGAAGGAGACCACCGGGAAGCGCUGGACCCGAGUGACCCGGGACCCGAUCCGACCAAUGGGAAUGGGCGAGAGCUUCACCGUGAGCGGGCUCAUCGAGGGCUCGCAGUACCUGUUCAGGGUCUGCGCCCUCAACGCCACGGGGCCCGGGCCCUACAGCGCCCUCACAGACCCCAUCUUCGCCAGAGACCCCAUCUCCCCGCCCUCUCCCCCCACCCCCAAGAUCUCUGAUUGGACCAAGUCCUCUGUGGACCUGCACUGGAUUCCGCCCCUGAAGGACGGAGGCUCCAAGAUCAUUGGUUAUUGGGUGGAGUCCAAGGAGGAGGGCACCGAGGCCUGGGUGAAGGCGAAAGAGACGGAGAUCCGCGGCACCCGGCUGGUGAUCGCCGGCCUGAAGACUGGCGGAAAAUAUAAGUUCAGGGUGACCGCUUUCAACACUGCCGGUAACGGAGAACCUGGAGAGGUUCCCGAGGCGCUCGAGGUCAACGACAGAACCA